GUAGAAGCCUUGAUGAAUAUACGAGAACAUUACACGAACAAUGAGGAUAGCUCUUGGUACAAGAUGUUCAUGGACAUCUUGCCGCAACUCGACUCUCAACUACAACCAUAUGUACAAGACAUUGCAAACCAAGGCGUUGAUGAGCUGCACGGAUAUCUGUUCGACCAAUCAAUAGAACUGCUCUUUACAUUCGGAUUACGUGACGUUGCUUUUACAUCACACAGACUGUAUGAUAACCUCAGAGGGUACUUUGAUAUGGAAGAUAUGUACCCACAAGACAGGGAGAAUAUGCUAAAGGAAUCCGUGCGAAUGUCUUUGUGGGAUAUCUGGUGUCCGGUUUCGUAUGAAAUUAUUGAGAACCACAGGAAAAUAGUCAUGAUGUUUAAAAAUGAGUUCGAGAUGACCGAGCAAAUGCACAUUUGUCCUAAAGUAGCAGAUUUCCUAUAUAGAUAUAUCGACAAUAACUUACCUUGGCAUAAUGCCACUUUUGAGAAUACACAAGGUUUUUGGAUGCUAUGUGAUCUAGUAGGGGACAUAGUAAAAGAAACUGUUGAAGGCUACAAGGACUACGAAAAUUUUCUGUCUACCAUGAACAUCGGGGACUUAGAAAGUGUGCUACAAAAAUACUUGACUGAUGAAGACUGGAAAGUAUUUACAGAGGCUCUUAGAAGAUUGGGUUUUUUCGAUACAAAUGUAGUAAGAUCUUUAGGUCGUAUUUCGUCGAAGUGGCUUAAGAGAAAAUGAUAUUAAACUAUAUUUAUUAUAUCGUUGAAUAUUUGGUGUAAUGGGAUGAUAGAAUAAAAUAUUCGAUAAAGCUACUAAAA